AUGAUACUAGGAAAUUGCAGACGUUCAUUUCUUGAACUAUCUACCAAAUACUUCCAAAAAGUGUAUCCUUUUGACUGGAGAGAAUCAUUGGCAGAGAAUAUGAUUUCUCUGAGGGGAACUGAGCUUUCAAGGAAGUUGCUUGAAGAAGUUAUUCGUAGGAACCUCAAAGGUAAACUGACAUAUGGACAAAUAGGGAGGGUGGUAAUGGUGUGGCUUGGAUCUAAAAAGCCAGCUGAUGAACUAUGCGAGGAGUUUGUAAAAAGGCUUGACAUGGAUUCAUCAUGGAGGGUAUUCAUUGAGAAUCUCAGAGGGAAAGAAGAUCCAGAAUCUUCACUGGGGUCACCUUCCAGCAGUUCUGUUGAGUCUCCUAUUAUGGUUUCUUUGGUUCACCAAUUCCAUAAGGCUAUGGAAGAUACUUUUAAUGUUAAUUGGAGGAAUGAUAUUGACUAUAUAUCACCUAGUUGUUUCUUGUAUCUUGUUGAUCGCCUUCUGAUCUCGGUAUCUUUCUUGCGGGAUGGAUACUUUCUCACAACAAAGUCUUCAUUUAUUGAGUGGCUUUGUCAUCUGCAACCAAAUAUCAACCCCAGUGCCAAUAUUGUAACUGAUAAGAAAGUGGGUUGGUUAGGCAUAUUUAGUUUUGUGGCUUCCAACCUGCAGCAAUUUCUUUAUAAUAAGAAGGAAACGGGAGAUUGGAUUAAAAAUUCUAACAUUAAUUUUAAUGACUACUAUGCACUGCUGGUGCUGAGACUUUGUGUUUUUUUGUGUUUACUUUCUGUGAGUUGUGGAUGUUUUUUUGAUUUACUCUUUACUCUGCUGGGGAAAAAUGAUAUUACUUCAAAGCUACCAAGGGAAUUCUUCACUGCCCUUCGGGAAGAAAAAAAAACUUUAUGAAGUAGGUGUAUUUUUUGGGGUAUAUGCAAGUGUUGCAGAAGCAUUUAAAAAGAUAGGGGACCCUCUUGUGGUAGUGAACAUGGGAGGAGAUUGUUCACAGUUACUUCACCCUGAUGCCAUUUAUGUGGACAUGAGAGGUAUGCAAUGCAAAGAGGAUAUCAUGAGAGUGUUGUUUCCCACGAAUACCAAAGCUUCCCAAGGUAAAAAGGAUGCUGUUGAAGAGACUUCAAGGAAUUCAUGUGGCGAAAAAAAUUCUCUGAACUGUGAUGAUCAGGGGACGAGUUAUACUGUACAGUUUUGUGAUUUGGCUUCCAUGGAAGAUCGGAGCACAAACACUAAGAAUGGAAAGGAAGGCAACCUGCAAACAGAUUGGGGGCUUUUUUUGGGAAAUUUCUGAUAUUUUAAAGUCUCUGGAUGAUAAAAGAGAGGGAAUUUUGAUGAAAUGUAUUUUCCCGAAGACGAAGGUGCAGGUGGAGAAAAAUAUCAACAUCUUCACUGCUGCAAUGAGCUGAUCUAAGAGAAAACCUUGUGAUGAAAAUGGAGUAGUCUUUGAUGAAGUAAAUAGCAUGGUUGAUGAACUGAAGCAGCUUUCUUCUGCUUUGGAUACGAGGUUUGUCUUAGUUUUUAGCUUAAAUCUUUGUUAGAGCCCUUGCAUAUACACAUACUCGAAUCCUCUCUCUUUGUUCUCGUUCUCCUUUUAAAUUAAUAUCAAGUAUAGCAACUAAUUCGAUGUAUACUUGGUAGGAUGUUCCAUUGGUCAUUCUCAAUUCAUUGAAGUAUGCUGGAAUCUGGUUUGUUGUUGAAUUUGUUUUUCAGUGACCAAGACCUUAAGAAUCACAAUUCAAAAGUAGUCUUGAAACUUUUGAAUAAGUUGCAGUUAAGGCGGCCGUUACUGGAGAGCUUCUUGAAUCAGCUACUUGCCGUUGAAUACACAAAUAUGAAUAUGAAGGCGGCUAAUGUUUCCCGUGAAGCACAAAAAAAUACUGAAAGAAACAAGGGGAAGGGAAACAGCAAGUCCAAGAAACGCAGAAAAUGAAUAGCUAUGCACUGUCAAAAUGUCUAGGUGGCAUAUAUUUUCGAGUACUAAGAUAUGUUACUAUUCUAUAUGUAAAUGUUACAAUUGUGAAUUGAUAGAAAAUAUAAACCGGUCGAUUAUCAAUAGGUGAU